GUUCACACACAGCUCCGGGACUUAGUUCCCCGUCUCCCCCAGAACAUCUAUUCAGUUCCUUGGGUGCUCUGUGUGGCACCGGGACCCCUGGCUCGCUGCAUGGCAUCUGCUGGGACAUGCUGAAUCCUUAAGAUCCCUGCCUGGGGUGUGCCCAUGGCGACACGGUGGCGGCUCUGUGUGUGCAGCCUGGGGAUCCUCCUCCUGGUGCCGUGUUCUCUAUCUGAGGAGUUCUCCCUGGCUGGCUCCCUGCACCCUGUGGUGGAGGUAGUUGGCCAGGAUGUGGUGUUACCCUGCCAGCUCUCACCCCAAGCUGGGCUGCCCAGCAUGGACGUGCAGUGGAGGAAAGCUGGGCCAGGAUUUAUUCUGGUCCAUGAGUACAUGCAUGAGGGUACCCAGGACCUGCCGGGGGAGGGUUACCAGACCCGGACGGAGCUGUUCCUGCAGGAUUUCAGCAGCGGGAACGUCUCACUGAAGCUGAAACGGGUCCAAGUGGCAGACACUGGGACAUACCAUUGCUUUGUAAGGAACCCACAGUGGACCCUGGAAGCCACUACUGAGUUACAGGUUGCAGCUGUGGCUCCAGUGUUCAUUGACGUGCUGGGCCCCCGGGGUCAGGGGAUCGGGCUGGCCUGUAGAUCUGCAGGCUGGUUCCCCAAACCUGAACUCCAGUGGGUUGGAAAGAACUGGCAGAACCUGGCAAUGGAGAUUGUGACCAACAUGACUCAGAAUGUGGAGAACCUGUAUAGUGUUGUGAGUCACGUCACUGUCACAGAAGGGGAAGACAAUGGAGACAUCAGCUGCAUAGUGCAGAAUGGCCUGCUGGAGACCGAGAGACAAUCGGCCAUUCACCUCUCAGGUGACGUCUUCCCCCAUGUGUCUCCCUGGCUGGCUGCAUUCUGGGUGUUGUUCACUCUGGUUCUCAUUGCUGCUGGAGCUUGUGCAUAUGCUGGAUACACAGCAAAGCAAAAGGCCUCUCAGAAGAAACGCUCUAAAGAGGAGUCUCUGUUAAAUCUGGCGAAUGAGAAGAAGACCCGGGAAGCAGAAUGCCAGGAGCUGCAUGAGACGCUUGAUGCUGAGAGGAAGGCCUUUGAAUCAGAGCGCCAGGAGCUGCGUAAGACGAUUGCAUCUAAGGAAAAGAAGAUCAAGGAACUGGAAGAAGAGCGCCAGGAGCUGCGUAAGACGAUUGCAUCUCAGAAGAAGGGUUGGUUCGGUUAGUGUCCCUGCAGGAGCUCCACUCCAGGCAGGGCGGUCACAGUGCUAGGUAAGAGAACGUGUUUUCGUGUCACAUUUCAAAUCACUUGGUCUCUUUCUAUUUGCCAAUGACCCUCUCCCAGAACAGCACCUCCCGUGGGAGCAAGUUCCCUGUGUUUGCUGUGCCCCUGACCAUGUUUGUGUCUCUUCCCUACCAGAUUUCAGGAGGGCUCGGAGCUACAUGGGUGAGUGGGGCUGCAAGGGGCUGAGCAGAUGCUGCACUGGGGUUAGUGGUGUUGGCAUUAUGUAGCUGAGCUGUCAGAGGUGUGGGGUCCCCGUGGGGCAGCCAGGGCAGGGCAGGGCAGGGCUGGCUGCAGAGCCAUGAGGCUGGAUGUUCCGAAUGGUCCUGAACAUGCUGCCCUGAGCUGUAAAUCUCACCUCCGGGCAGUUCCCUUGCAAUCCCCCCUCCAGCUAGUCCUGACACCCCACCACAUCUCCAUUGGCCCUUCAGCGAUGAUCCAUCCCUACACGAUCAGCUCCCCCAACAGCCCCACUCAGCCCUCCCUCCACAGCCUGCAGAGUCUUCACUCCCUGGGCAUCUUCCAUGGACUCCCAGAGCCCUAGUGCCUCUCAGGGACUGAUCCUGUGCAGGGGGGGCGUGAGAGGAAGCAAGGAGCCCAAUCCCCAUUCCAGCUCCCCCCACCUCCCCACCAGCUCAGUGACUUGGCCCAGGCUAGGGGUGCCAGUCCCACUAGUCACCCCCAACUUAAUACUCUGUUCUUCACUCUCGCUAUGUUGGCUGGAAUCUCUCCUGUUGGAUCAUGGGGUCCAUGAUGGGCCCGUGGCUAAUGGGAAUAUUUUGGAUUUUCUCCCCAGUCUGCAUCACCCUGGAGCCAAUUUGGAAACACCCUGAAAUCACCGUCUCUGGAGAUGGCAGAAGAGUCCAACAUGACCCCCAAUCUCCAUGACCGGAUGGCCUAUCUGGAGCC